UGUGUUGAGUAACCCUGCUGAUUGAAGCCAAUCAAUUAAUCCCUGGGCACUGCCAACAGCUGUGCCCCCGCACUACUUGAGCAAGGGUGCUAUCAGCUGAACUCCAAAUUCCCAUCUUCGCCAUCUCACGGUGUCCUCUUCCCUCUCUGCUCACGAUAGCCUCGCCUGAAAUCAUUGUCGUCUCAUCAUGUCGGGCAUUGAGAUCGCUGGGCUCGUCCUAGGCAGUUUCCCACUGUUGAUUUCCGCAGCCGAGCACUACAAAAAGGGAUUCGAACCGCUCGAGAAAUGGUACAAGUUCCGGACGCAGUUCAUUACAUUCAUUGAUGCGGUUGACAUUCAGAAACAGCUGUUUAAUUUGGCAUUGGAGUGUUUUUUGAGGUCCAUUGAUAUUGAAGAGGACGAAUUAGAGAGAUGCAUGGGCGAUGGCGGGUAUGAAGGCUGGCGACGUCCGGAGCUGUCCGAGCGACUUGCGACUCGGCUUGGUCCGUCCCUAGGAGUAUUUAAAAGUACCAUUCAGACGAUGAAUGGAUUGGUGCACGACUUGGAGGUAAUAUUGGGUAUAAAAAAUGGCCAGGUCGAAUGGUCGAAUGAAGGCUCCAAUAAUAUGGACUAUCAAUUGAAACGUCUUCGUCAUAGCUUCGGGAAUAGAGGUCCACGAGCUGUCGAAGCUCUCAAAUCCCACAAUGAAACUCUUCGACAUCUGCUUGACAGCACGGAAAAGCUGAGUGGCUUGAAGGCCAAAGGAAAGAAGGACACAACCUGGGCAAAUGUAUUCGAGGCAAUACGGAGGCACGCGAGUAGUAUACAUACAGCCCUUCGAGCUGGUUGGUCGUGCCAGUGUGCUCCACAUACUGCAUCGCUUCGUUUGGAACAGAGGAAGACUGGAGGUUGGGACUCGACCUUCAAUCUGGCAUUUAGUGUGCCACAAGAUCCGCAGACAAUCGUUCGCCGGGAGGUUAAGAUACAAACCAGAAAACUCAAAUCUGUUGGUAUGGGUCUGAGUGAAUGCCAGAUUCCGAACGGUGUAGCGAGAGAUACUUCGGAUAAGACGCAAGCUGGGUUGGAUGCUAUCCGCCAGAACUUUGAACAGAGAUCUACUCCUAUCAAAAACCUUUCUCGGCCUCCUUCAUCAUUCUCUGCCGCGACACUUAGCGCAAAAUCUCCAAGGUCGAGCCUUAAAUCCAUGUUCAGAAACUCCAGCUUCAAUGGAACUGAAUACUUGGGAGAGGAGAAUCUUUCCAGGACCUCAAGUAUCACCAAACGACUCAAAACGCCUAAGGAGAUUCGAUUUGCGCCACUCGCGAAUAUCCCAGUAUUCAUUGUACCGCCGCCCUCUCCUACUAUACCACAAGUAGCGGAGACCGUCCAGGUACUAGAAAUCAAAGAUUUCUGUUCCAUCAUCCGAGAUUCAAGCGCCAACAAGCAAUGUCUCGGCUACCUCUGUGACGGCGAGAGGUUGCACGACGUCCUCCCUUUAUCGACAGACGGAGCACUGGAGAGAGUAUCAUCUGUCAGUCUUAGAGACAUAAAAGAAGACAUUUGCAAGCUAAGUACGCAGAAACGUAUCAAGCUGGCGACCAUUCUCGCAUCUUCCCUGUUACAAUUGCAGACUACUCCAUGGUUAACGGGAAGUUUCGAGAAUGAGAAUAUCUUCUUCUACCGUCACGGUCAAGAGAUAUGUCUUGAUCACCCUUAUGUCCGACACUCCUUCACUCCCACAUCUUGCCCUUCCACCAACACCACACAAUCCGAGACUGAACUCCGACACGCAACUCGCGCCAGCCUCGUGAAUCUCGGCAUCCUCCUCCUCGAACUCUGCUUCGGUCAACCGAUUGAAUCAACAGCAAUACGCAAGAAGCACUUCGUCAAUGGCAGUCCACACCCCGGAACCGACUUUUUGACUGCUCGAGACUGGGUGGAAAAUGUAUGGGGGAGGAGCCGAAACUUGAUCCGAUCAUCAAAACUUGUCUAUUUCAACCCUUCGAGGAGAAGUCGGACUGGGGGAACAAGUUGUUCACGCAAGCGGUCUUUGCGACCAUUGUGGGCCCGCUGGAUGAGUACUUUGUGACGAAAUGGAAGUAAAAGGAGGACCAUAUACUUUCUCUGAAAGCACCUAUGUAAAAACGAAAGUUUGGGCAGUUUUACAGCCCUGGAGGAGGAGGUAGGCUCAUGUCGACACUCGUCGAGACAGAUGGACACAACAUAUACCGACGCAAGAAACACAACUGAUAGGGGUGGGGGUUACAAAAUCCCAUCGAAUUCAAAUGGAGCAGCACAAUAAGGCAGGACAAUGUCGAGUCCGGAAAUGAACGGAUAGGAGGCACAAUCACCCUUUGCCUGAACCACAGGGGUUGUGUUAGUCACGAGGAGACUCUGUCACAUCUCCAGAGAUUCGCCGGAACACAUUGCUUUCGCAAACGCUAUGAUAACCGCUGUGUCUCACAGUCAUCCCCAAGCAAGAACUAAACAAUCAGACUCUUCUUUCACCAAUCAAUAUCCCAACAGUCCGAAAAUUGCCCCAAUAACGCCGAGUCUGCAAAAUCUGCAUGCCAAUUAUUCAGGUCGCCUUUCCAUGUCGAGCAAAGGCCUUGCCAUAUGAGCGAGGUAGAUGAGCCGACGGGGUCUUGACUGGAAUCAAACUACCAUCAUCUUCUAAAUCCAAAAGAGGAUCUGGUGCGAAGUUGCCGUUCCAGCUGACUCGGCCACAUUCAACGCUUGCUGUGUUGUCCUCCCAGUACCACAUCUCGAUUGUCUGUUGAACUCAAAGAUCAGUAUGUGAUCCUAGGCUUGUGUCUGAGCGUAUGCUGUGUCUUGGACUCACCUUCAUCUCCCCCAAAAACUCGAUCCACUCCUGCUCAUCCAAGAUCUCCGGUCUCUGCUGCUCCAUCUUCUUGCACAGCUGUCUCCACUGGGCCCAAGCUCCCUUUGGCAUACUAUGGUUCAUGGCAAAGUAAUCGAUGGUGAUAGGGGUCUGCUUGCAGUUUGGGCAUCGAGUGCGGCUGUGGAAGGCUUUGAUAGCGGUGGUGACCAUGCGGUGGUAUUCGAUUCCCAUCUCGUGCUUCAGAGCUUUACGUUGGGCGAAAGCUUCGGCUACUGGGACAUCCAAGUCCGCAAAGGUCUCUCCGUAAUCGACUUGCAGGGCGGCGAGGGCGAGCAUGGUGAUAUCGUAGUCGGGGACCUCGGCGGGGAGUUCGUCUUUGACUUCUGCGGGCUGAACUUCCUCCUCGUGGUCUGAUGCCGAGCUUUGGGGAGUCUCGUCAGCGAAGCUAUCGUCGAAGCUAUCGUCGAGAACGUCUUCGCGCAUUUCUUCUUGUACAGCAGAUCUCUGGGGUGGAGGGGUGUAGAGAGUCUGAGGUGGUCGAUCCAUGGUGAUCGACCUUGGUUAGGGAAUCUCGGAGAUGGAGUUGACGAAAAGAGGACGCAGGACAAUGAAAAGUAUGGCCUAGAAAUAAAAUAUUCAAAAUUACGCUAUGCAAGAGAGACACAAAAGCAGUGAAUACUUGGAGCUGUAAGGUGAAGCGAACAUGACAAUUGAAGUUCUUUGAUGCUCGUCCUAUGAAGGCAAGCACGACCAAAUGAACUCAACAAACGUUGAUCAAACACGUCUCAUUAAGUAUACACAAUAGACAGUUGAUGUUUAUCUUACAGAGCGGCCUUCUAAGUAAUCCUGCGCUCUGAUCUAGUCCAUUGACUUCCAGUCACUAAACAAACAAACAAUCGGCG